UGUCGACAGAUCACUAUGGCAAAGGCACGUGAGGGAAAGUGGUAUGCGCCAGGGAGUGCGCUCUGGUAACCAACUUCUACACUGGUUAAUGACUGCGGACGAUAAAGGAGGAGCGAUGUUCAAUAUGCGUUUUCGGAGCUUGUAGCCUCGUUUCUACAUCGCCUGGAGGAGACUUAGGUGCAUCGAGGAACAGCCGCCAUGGCGACGAAAGGAAAUUGGUACAUCAGUGUGAUGGCAACACUGCUGUUGAUGUCAACUUGGCAACUGUGUGAAAGCUCCGGUUGCCCGUGUUCGAAUCGCCAAGUCGAAUUCCAAGAGGAGCAUCGAAACUUCAAGGUUGAUGAUGUGUUCGCUUUCAUGGGAAGUUCUUUGCACUGCUGUACGUCUGCCCUCCUGGGCUACGAAGACCGCAAUGCUACCAUAACGUGGGAGUUCAACGGAGCGCCUCAUCCGUGGCCGAAGACAGUCAGCACCUUCGAGUCGCAAUUCUGUGGCCCUCAGACGAUCGAGACUCGCGAAGUUGCCCGGACCGAUGCUGGGAAUUAUACCUGCACCGUCACCUCUUCGAAUGGGACUGUGGUCAAAUCAACGACGAGACUGAAUGUUUUUCCCAUCACCAAGUUCCGUGAUUUGCCGCAGCCUUUAGUGUCUCCCGAAGACUUCUACGCAACGGCAGGAAUGAAUGCAAACUUCUCUUGUAAAGCUUACGUGGGUGAGUUCCUCAUCCCUCCUGCAGGAACAUUCAGAAAGAUCCACGACAACAACACUGAGAUUAUGGCCACAGAUAUGCCUAAUGUCACAGUCACUGUAACGAGGCCAAACCGAGGUGUUAUGAAAGUGGAGAUGGUCAUACACGAAGUCCGCCAAGAACAUUUUGGGAAGUAUGCAUGCGACGUCAGCAACGUCUACGGCCUUCUGAGAAAGAACGUAUCCCUCAUAGAUGGAAUGUCUGAAGCAGAAAGGGUGAUGCUGAUAUACAAAUCGACCGCCAUCGUGAUCUCUGUGGUGGUAGUGGUGUCACUACUGUUUUCAUGGCUGCUUUGGAGACUCAGGAUCGUGAUAGUUGUGUGUUGGCAGAGAAGGACCACUGCGCCUUUAGCCCAAGACAAAUACAACUACGACGUAUUUGUGAUCCACGGAGAAACGGCGUCCAGCUGGGUGUGGGGCGUCCUGGUAUCAAUGCUGGAGACGACCUAUGGUUAUGCUUGCUUUUUGCCGGACCGGGAUUUGCACGGGGGAGAGAUGGUUGCAGACACCAUCUCAGCUGUCAUGGCCACCUGUCGCCGCGUGCUUGUGGUGACGACACCUUGUUUGCCCGAGAGUCGUUGGGGAACUUGGUCUCUGCACUCCGGCAUCCACUCCACUCUGACGUCACCAACCCGCAUUCUCGCCCUCAAACUACAGGACAUGAAGUUCGAAUCCACAAACGCCAAGGACAUCCUCAGGAUCUUGAAAGUUGUGAAGACGCUUACCUGUACCCUCGGCCUGUGGCCUGCUCGACGACCCGGAAAUCCCCCCCGAUGUUCCCGCAACCAAACCGCAGGACUAACCAUCCCGGAGGUCAGGGUGGAGGGCGACUGGUCAGGCUCCCCGAAGAGGCAGAGGCUCUCGAACAUGAUCCUCGGAAGCAACAACUCCUCCAGGGAGAAUCUAGACGAAGAGAAGGGAGACAAGCAGGUCAGCAACGGAGGACCUGUUAUUUACGACCAGGAUGACGGCCUUGAGGACCCCGGCUCGCCCUGCUCCAUCACACCUUUCAUCCUGCCGUCCUGCAAUCGACAACAAACUUCAAAGGGUUGCGCCUCCCUGACCUGGUACAUGCGGGUGGCGUUUGUCAAGGACUCCGAGGAACAGUUCUGGCUGCGACUGCGCUAUUACCUGACGCCGCCCAGCCGUCCGUCGCACUGCACCGCCACCUACAAGGCCUGAGGGUUUAUCACCGGAAGUGAAUGGCAUCUGACAGUACACACACUGCUCGUGUACAAAACUGGUGCUGAAACCCAGUGACUAACGGAUACACAGAGUCGUAAAUAUGUAAAGGUGUAGCUCCAUUAUCUGUAUCUGUGUGGGGAUUACUGUGCAUGACAGUCUCUCAUUGUGCGUGUCCCCUUUUAUGACUGAAAUUAUGAAGACUAGAUCACAUGGUCGAAGAUCAAUCCUAGCUUCAUAAUAGUACUGUUUGAAAUUUUCUAAACAGUGAUGUACCAAAUGGUGGAAAAAGUCAUGAGAUGUUUAGAAAAUACGUAAAACGGAAAAUGAUAUAUGAAUAUGAUGAUGCACGAGAGUUUUUUGUAUCACCAUCUUUUCUGUAAGGCAAUUUUUUUUAUUUUUUUUUGGUUAGUGUAUGGCUUAAAUGCGUCAUUAACCAAGCUUUACAUACGUCUCAUAUAAACUAAGGAACAUAUAUGUUACAAAACUAAAACUUAAGUUAUACCUCAUCUAUAUAUCUGUGACUCCCUGGAAUGAGACAGCUUUGGUAUCCCCAGGUAUUAUCACAUUCAUCCUCAUCGUCCACUUGUAUUUCAUUCAACACAUUAUCAUUACCAUUCAUUUUUAUAACCACAAACUUUUUUAUCCUCAUUCUUGUAUAUGUAUAGGCGUUUUGCUGUCUUUAAUAGACGAGUUACAUGUAUGCGGGCAAGUACGGGUCGUUAUGUUUUCUGUAGUUGUUUUUACAGAAAGCGUAGAAAUGUAGCCAAGGAUUUGUUGAGAAAUAUGUGAUUUAUAGUCAGGCGUCUUUCGAAACGCCAAGGCUGGUGGUUUGUUACUCGGAUGUGGAAGGACAGAAUAAGGUAUUAGAAAACAGUAAGGGUUACCUUGAGAUUAAUACUCCAAAGUCAUGAAGUAGAUGCAAGGUGAGUGGUUAGUAGUUUAGGAAUGACAAUUAUUUUUACAGGGAAAUGCGACAGACAUCGUUUUGAGCUCUGUAGAAGUCAUUUCACAUGUUGCCAUUUAACCAUCCCACGAGGCCAUUUGUAUAUUUAAGUUCUGAUAUAUGGUAUAUAUGUAGAUAUAGUAUAAAAGUUUGCACUAAUGUUAAGAAUAUAGUGCACGAGCACAAUAAGUAUCAGUAAAUGUUAAGUAUUGAUUUCGUAACAAAGUACAUAUACUAAGUAAGAUUAUAUCUCAGCUGCCCAUUUACCAGUUUAGCAAGCUGGAAAAACAGCAAAAUGUAAGCUGUUUUCAAAUCUUAGAACAUACAUUGUUUAGCAAGGUGAGGGUCCUAAGUCUAAAUCACCUGGUGCCUUUUGUUUUUAGGUUAGGUUGAUAAUAAGAAACUUCUGAAAGGAUGCGUUUUUUAUUUUGUACAAUUACCGUAUGUGCCAUUAGCAUGUAUUUUUAUAGUAAUGAUACUGUGUAAAAUAAAUGUGAAAAUGAAA